AUGGCCAAACAAAUGGGCGUGUCAUUCUCCGUGGAUCAACUGCUCACCAGCACUGACUUGCCAUAUAGCGCGAAAGUCAUGGCCGCCCCUCUUCCACCAAAAUCCAAGGUUCCUGGGCGAGAUCGCAUGUUGAACCUUCUCGUUGAUACUGAAAGGAGAAGUGAGGACUUGAGCCUGAGUCAAGUGAGUGUUGGCAUGAUGACCGAUGAUAUUACUCGACGUUGGGAAACCUUAAAGCUAACUGAGAAUGCGAAAGAAGAGCUUGUCCUGCCCGAUGAGGUAGUUUUAUCAACAAGCAUCAAAGGGCAGCACUGGCUCCUUGCCAUGAUAUUCAACGACAGGACUGUCAAUAAGGAAGCCUUCCAAUCGACCAUGGCAAAGGUAUGGAAUUCAGAAGGCUGGAUAACUUUCAAGGAGUUUGGAGUAAACAAGUUUCUCUUGGAGUUCCAACUGCUCAAAGAUAAAGAGAAGUUGCUGCAAGGAAGACCAUGGUCUUUUGACCAACAACUGAUCUGUUUUAUUGACUUUAAUGGUGGCCUCUCCUCCUCAGAGGUGCAAUUCCAGUUUGAACCCUUUUGGAUUCAAAUACACAACCUCCCAUUCGCAAGGAUGAACAAAGAUGUUGGGAGUUUGAUUGCCUCUGGCCUGGGGAAAGUUCUCGAGAUUGAGGUUGACACAGAAGGUUUUGGAUGGGGUAGUUUCUUAAGAGCUCAUGUUGAAGUUAACAUCACCAAGCCUCUUCCACGGGGUCGCUUUCUCAAGAUUGGAGCUCAACAACAUUUGCUAGCAUUCAAAUGUGGCCUCUUGAUGCAUGGGAAAGGAAGCUGCUCAGCAUUGCCACAAACCUCCCAAGCCAAGGAACAGCAUGGGUAG